UGUCCGCUGUGCUGUAGUCAGAUGACUGCAUGUCGCGCAGCUUCGCCUCCGCUCGGGCUUUAUUUUGGCUUCCCGUGUCUCUCCGCCAUUAAACUCUGCUCCCCGAUCAGAGCCGAGCGACGGGUUUCCAGGCUCCGCCAUGCGCGUAACGCCGAGCCGGACGCAGCGACGCCGUGCCUUGUAGCCCCAGCGGCCUUCGCGGACGGAGAGGUAACAUGUAAGCUCGCGUUAGGAGGCUGAACGCGGCUGAACGCGGCUCGGAGCGGCUCGGACACGGUCUGUUGUGGAAACCAGCGCCGAGGAGAGCAGGAGACCGGCGGAAGCAGCGUGCUACCUGCCUGCGCUCUGUAUGUGACGACAUCACCUGUUUGAGUGUGUGUGUGUGUGUGUGUGUGUGGGUGGGUGUGUGUGUGUGUGUGUGUGUCAGCUGCUGCUGAACGACCAUGACGGAGCUGGGUGUGAAAUGGGCCUGCGAGUACUGCACCUACGAGAACUGGCCGUCCGCUAUCAAAUGCACCAUGUGCCGCGCUCAGAGGCCGAGCGGCACCAUCAUCACCGAGGAGCCGUUUAAGAGCGGCUCCAUGCUGGACUCCCCGCACGGCGACUCGGGCGGCAGCAGCCUCCUGAUCUGCCCAGAUUCCAGCGCCCGGCCCCGCGUCCGGCAGGCGCAGACCGCCGAAUCCGGCGCCAAGUGGUCCUGUCACAUGUGCACCUACCUGAACUGGCCGCGCGCCGUCCGCUGCACGCAGUGCUUGUGCCAGAGGCAGCGCUCCUGCAGCCCCACCGAAACGCCCCAGACCUCCAGCUCGGGCCUCAGGUUUCGGGCUGGGUCAGUGCCCCCUGUAGACCCGUGUGAAGAGUAUAACGACAGGAACCGGCUGAACACUCGGGCUCAGAGGUGGAUCUGUGCAGCCUGCACGUAUGAGAAUUGGCCCAAGACGCCACGCUGUGUUGUGUGUGACCACCCACGGCCCAACGACGCCAUCCAGCUGACUGAGCCGGACGAGCCGUCACCAGUCAUCAACGAGCAGGACCGCGUGCGAAUGCCGCGAGCCGGAGGCGUAUGUGGGCCAGUGGGGCUGAGGCGGUCUCCGCCCACCUCCAAACGGGACUCGGAGGUGCAGAUUCAGGACAUUCAGUGUAUCGAGCUGGCUGCCGGAGCCCACGGCAGUAAGGAGGAGCUGGAGAUGGACUUUAAAAAGCUCAAGCAGAUCAAGAACCGCAUGAGGAAGAGUGACUGGCUGUUCCUCAACGCCUGUGCAGGAGUGGUGGAGGGCGAUCUGGCUGCAGUGGAGGCCUAUAAGUCCUCAGGUGGAGACAUCGCUCGGCAGCUGACGGCUGAUGAGGUUCGUUUGCUGAAUCGACCGUCUGCCUUUGAUGAAGGUUUCACGCUCGUCCACCUCGCCAUCCGCUUCCAGAGGCAGGACAUGCUCGCCAUCCUGCUGACCGAGGUGUCUCAGCAGGCGGUGAAGUGUAUCCCGGCGAUGGUGUGUCCCGAGCUGACGGAGCAGAUUCGCAGAGAAAUCGCCGCCUCGCUGCACCAGCGCAAAGGAGACUUCGCCUGUUACUUCCUCACGGAUUUAGUCACCUUCACUCUACCAGCAGACAUUGAAGAUUUGCCUCCGGCAGUUCAAGAAAAGCUGUUUGAUGAAGUUCUCGACCGCGACGUACAGAAAGAGCUGGAGGAGGAGUCUGCGGUGAUUAACUGGUCUCUGGAGCUGGGCACUCGUCUGGACAGUCGUCUGUACGCUCUGUGGAACCGAACGGCCGGAGACUGCCUGCUGGACUCGGUGCUACAGGCCACCUGGGGAAUCUACGAUAAAGACUCGGUCCUCCGCAAAACGCUGCAUGACAGCCUGCACGACUGCUCACACUGGUUCUAUACUCGGUGGAAAGAGUGGGAGUCGUGGUAUUCGCAGAGUUUCGGCCUCCAUUUCUCCCUCAGAGAGGAGCAGUGGCAGGAGGACUGGGCCUUCAUCCUGUCCCUCGCCAGCCAGCCUGGAGCGAGUUUGGAGCAGACUCACAUAUUCGUUCUUGCACACAUUCUCCGUCGGCCGAUCAUAGUUUACGGAGUGAAGUAUUACAAGAGUUUCCGUGGAGAAACGUUAGGCUACACUCGCUUUCAAGGUGUGUACUUACCGUUGCUAUGGGAACAGAGCUUUUGCUGGAAAAGCCCUAUUGCUCUUGGUUACACGAGGGGUCACUUCUCUGCGCUGGUCGCCAUGGAGACAGACGGCUACGACAAUCGCGGCGCGGGCGCCAAUCUCAACACGGACGACGAUGUCACGGUAACCUUCCUCCCAUUGGUCGACAGCGAGAGGAAGCUGCUGCACAUCCACUUCCUGUCAGCACAAGAGAUGGGGAACGAGGAGCAGCAGGAGAAGCUGUUGAGGGAGUGGCUGGACUGCUGCGUGACGGACGGCGGGAUGCUGGCCGCCAUGCAGAAGAGCUGCAGGCGGAGGAACCAUCCGCUGGUCACUCAGAUGGUGGAGAAGUGGCUGGACGGAUACAGGCAGAUCCGACCCUGCCCCACGCUGUCCGACGGAGAGGAGGAGGAGGACGAAGAAGACGAGUGAGGACGAGACGGACCGUGGGGGGAGGAAACUCUCAGAAACUGAUGCAUCGUUUAUUUUCACGUCAGGGAGGGAAGGGCCCCCAGCCAUUUCACACCGGCACGCAAACGCGCUCACCGAGGAAAAGUCGGGUUUUACUGAUGGACAUUUCUACAAACCCCCCCAUUUCUCAUAAUGCAACACUAGAACCGCAGAACCCCCCCGAACCUCAGAACUGCGAUUCAGUCCAAUAGAGGAAAGUCAUGUUUAAUAAAACCCCCCCUCCCUUUGUCUCUCUAUACAAAUAUAUAAAUAUAUCUAUAAAUACUUUCCCAUCAGUGCAGUUGUAAUGCAUGCGGUUCUCUAAAAGACGUGUAAUAUGGGAAAAAAUAAUAACACAAAGAAAAACCAGCAGCGAUGAGCAGAAACGAAGUUUAUAAAGGUUUGUUAUUGGCACUUACGGGGAAAAAAGCACAUUUUUCCAAAAGAUGUUUGUUUAAAAAAAAAAAAAAAGCUUUGUUUUGUUUUCUUUUAUUCAGAUUUACAGUUUUAAGUGAUUCACUUUUGGGAAGAAGUAGCAGCGGCAGACGUUUUUGGUUUAUCGUCAGGGUUAGUUUGGACGUCGGGGAGAGACGAGACGAGACGAGCGUGUUUAGCAUGUUUGUUGUUGCGACAGCGACACACUAAAGAAAAGCAAACACACAAAUAUAUCUAAAGAAAGUUGGAAUGGAAAGAAGUAACUUUUCUCCUGAGUGUGAUUUCUAUCCCCUCACUGUUCCCGCCCUCUUACUCCUCUAGCGUGGUUGUUUUUUAAAGACUGACUGUAUUUAUUUGUUUAGGAGUGAUUCUGUACGCUGAGUAAUUUUACGUUUAGCUCUCAUCUUUUCUCCCGUUUAUUCUCUCUCCUGUCUCUCUCUCUCCUCUCGUUUAUUCCCCCCGUCUCCCUCUCCUCUCUAAUUUUCCCCGUCUCUCUCUCUCUCUCUCUCUCUCUCUCUCUCUCUCUCUCUCUCUCUCUCUCUCUCUCUCUCUCUCUCUCUCUCUCUCUCUCUCUCUCUCUCUCUCUCUCUCUCUCUCUCUCUCUCUCUCUCUCUCUCUCUCUCUCUCUGUGUGUGUGGUUCGUCUGUUCAGUCUUUCUGCCCCCCCCCCGUUGCCCUCUUACGGUGUGUACUCUUGCUGUGAGGAAUGAGAAGAACCCCCUGUGUAUAAAUUUACUGACAUGUGUAAUGUGUGA